AUGGCCCACGGGCGCGCCUGGGCCGCGGGCGCGGCGGUGUCCGGCUGCCUCUACGUCUGCGGGGGGGCCGGCGACGGCGCCGCCCCCCUGCGCAGCGUCGAGCGCUUCGACGCCGCGGCCGGGCGCUGGGAGCGGAUGCCCGACAUGCGCGAGCCGCGCGUGCUGGGCCGGCUCUGCGUGUGCGGGGGCAUGAACCCGUGCACGGCCUCAGCGGAGUGGUUGGACCCCGCAACCGGCGCCUGGGAGGCGCUGCCCCCCAUGCGGCAGGCGCGGGCCGGCGCCGCGGCCGCCGUGUUCUGCGGGGUCAACCUCGACACCUCAGAGAGCCUCGGCCACCACGGCUCCUGGCGGCCCGAGCCGCCCAUGGCGAGGCGGCGCUUCCGCGCGGCGGCCGCGGCGGCGGCCGGGGGCCUGUACGCCUGCGGCGGGGAGAGUGUCCGCGGCGUGGAGCCCACGGUGGAGGUGCUGCUCCCGGGAGCCUGCCGCUGGGAGGCCGCUCCGGGCAUGCGCCUGCGGCGCAUGGGGUCGUUCGCAGCGGCGGUGGCGGGCUGCCUGUGGGUCGGCGGCGGCAGCUCCUGCGGCAGCGGGCGCGCCCUGGACCUGGAGCCCGAGGGCAGCUCCGAGCGGCUGGACCUCGAGCUGGGCGACGGCGACGAGGCCGCCUGGGAGCUCGUGACCGCCGCGGGCGCCUCCGCCGCCAGGCGCGGCGACGUGUGG